GUCCUCAAAGCCGACUUCACAGAAUCUACAGGCCAGCUUGAGAUGCUGGGUAGCGUUGACGGCGAAGACAACUCGUUCUUGCACACCAUCCACGUUUCGGCUGCUUCUGCCGGCAGCGGUGCAAUUGUUGUGUCAGAGGUUCGAUACGCACCAUCGCCUCCGCUUCAGACGCUGCUGAAUGCAUUGGGAGGGAGAGGCUCGCAGACUGCUUCCCACGCGUCUGUUUUGCGUAGGCUCGCCGUCUUGGUGGACGGAGACGUUGACUUCGACCCCAAUGCUUUCUACAACCUCAUUGGUCGCCUCAUCGACCUUGUUGCGCCCUUCGAAGACGGUGCAAGGGCGGCCGUCGCGCGAAUGGCUGGCCUGGAGAAGGGUGAGGUCAGCAUCCUGGAGCUGGGAUGCGGCUCAGGCCGAUGGGUGCAAGGUGUCUACAACAGCUCGUCAGGCGUACUGCGCUACUUGGGCGUGGACUCCUCCAGCACAAUGGCAGAGGAAGCAGCGCGAGCAGUGUCCAAGAUCCCGGCUGCUAGCAUCGUCCAAGCCGAUGCUCGGCGUCCGGGCACCUUGAAGGAGGUGCUGCUCUCAGGCUUUAAACGUAGGUUACGUAGUUCGGCAGGCGCAUCGGGCUUGUAG